AGGAAAAUCUGAUCUAACUGCGAUAUGAAGAAAUCAUGUUAACAUUGUAACCCGUGUUUCUUAAAACAAUUUAUUAAAAAUCAUUCAUUUCCAAAUAUUAGUUCUUCAAAGACAGUUCACAAACAACAACCCAGUACGACCAUAAGAACUUCAACAUGAAAUUGUGGUGUGUAUUUCUGUGCCUUGUAGUUGGUGCAGCUGCAGCUCCGUUAGUGCCAACAACAGUUCCUGAAACCGAAGCACCAACAACAGUUCCUGAAACAGAAGCGCCAACUACCGUCCCUGAAACAGAAGUGCCAACAACAGUUCCUGAAACCGAAGCACCAACAACAGUUCCUGAAACAGAAGCGCCAACUAACGUCCCUGAAACAGAAGUGCCAACAACAGUUCCUGAAACCGAAGCACCAACAACAGUUCCUGAAACAGAAGCGCCAACUACCGUCGCUGAAACAGAAGCACCAACUACUGUCCCUGAAACAGAAGCGCCAACUACUGUUCCUGAAACAGAAGCGCCAACUACUGUUCCUGAGACAGAACCUGCAACUACUGUUCCUGAAACAGAAGCGCCAACUACAGUUCCUGAAACAGAAGUGCCAACAACAGUUCCUGAAACCGAAGCACCAACAACAGUUCCUGAAACAGAAGCGCCAACUACUGUUCCUGAAACAGAAGCGCCAACUACUGUUCCUGAAACAGAAGCGCCAACUACUGUUCCUGAGACUGAAUCUGCAACUACUGUUCCUGAAACAGAAGCGCCAACUACAGUUCCUGAAACAGAAGUGCCAACAACAGUUCCUGAAACCGAAGCACCAACAACAGUUCCUGAAACAGAAGCGCCAACUACUGUUCCUGAAACAGAAGCGCCAACUACUGUUCCUGAGACAGAACCUGCAACUACCAUCCCUGAAACAGAAGCACCAACUACCGUCCCUGAAACAGAAGUGCCAACUACCGUCCCUGAAACCGAAGCACCAACAACAGUUCUUGAAACAGAAGCGCCAACUACCGUCCCUGAAACAGAACCAGCAACUACUGUUCCUGAAACAGAAGCACCAACUACCGUCCCUGAAACAGAAGUGCCAACUACAGUUCCUGAAACAGAAGCGCCAACUACUGUUCCUGAAACAGAACCAGCAACUACUAUUCCUGAAACAGAAGCACCAACUACUUUUCCUGAAACAGGAGCGCCAACAACAGUUCCUGAAACAGAAGCGCCAACUACAGUUCCUGAAACAAAAGCGGCAACAACAAUUCCUGAAACAGAAGCGCCAACAACUCUUCCUGAAACAGAAGCACCAACUACCGUCGCUGAAACAGAAGUGCCAACUACAGUUCCUGAAACAAAAGCGGCAACAUCAAUUCUUGAAACAGAAGCGCCAACAACUCUUCCUGAAACAGAAGCAUCAACUACCGUACCUGGAACAGAAGCACCAACUACCGUCGCUGAAACAGAAGUGCCAACUACAGUUCCUGAAACAGAAGCGCCAACUACAGUUCCUGAAACAAAAGCGGCAACAACAAUUCCUGAAACAGAAGCGCCAACAACUCUUCCUGAAACAGAAGCACCAACUACCGUACCUGGAACAGAAGCACCAACUACCCUACCAGAAACAGACCCGCCAACCACCAUCCCUGAAACAGAAGCACCAACCAAUGUUCCUCAGACAGAAGCUCCAACUACUGUCCCUGGAACAGAAGCACCAACCACUGUUCCUGAAACGGAGGCGCCAGCAACUGUUCCUGAAACAGAACCAGCAACCACCGCUCCUGAAACAGAAGUACCAACAACCGUCCCUGAAACAGAAGUGCCAACUACCGUCCCUGAAACCGAAGCACCAACAACAGUUCCAGAAACAGAAGUGCCAACCACCGUCCCUGAAACAGAACCAGCAACUACUGUUCCUGAAACAGAAGCACCAACUACCGUCCGUGAUACAGAAGUGCCAACUACAGUUCCUGAAACAGAAGCGCCAACUACUGUUCCUGAAACAGAACCAGCAACUACUGUUCCUGAAACAGAGGCACCAACUACUUUUCCUGAAACAGAAGCGCCAACAACAGUUCCUGAAACAGAAGUGCCAACUACUGUUCCUAAGACAGAAGCACCAACUACCGUUCCUGCAACAGAAGCUUCAACUACCGUCCCUGAAACAGAAGCGCCAACAACAGUUCCUGAAACAGAAGCGCCAACUACAGUUCCUGAAACAGAAGCGCCAACUACUGUUUCUGAAACAGAUGCGCCAUCAACAGCAAGGCCAACUAAACCUGGGCCAAAAGGUGUAAAGGCGUUAGGUUGCUUUAAAGAUGUUAGAAGCGAUAGAGCUCUUCCUCACGAAUUUGCCAACGUAAGAGAUGAAAUUGUGUGGACAGAUAUUAAUGCGACUAUCGAGAAAUGUGCUAAGAUGGCGAAAAAAUUAGGUUACAAGGUAUAUGGCAUUCAGUAUUACGGUGAAUGCUGGAGUAGCAAGGAUGCUGAAAAAACAUACAACAAACACGGACCAGCAACCACGUGCUGGAGUGGUGUGGGCAUGGCACUGACCAACUAUGUGUAUGGUAUUUUAUAUGACAUUUUCCGUUUCCGAGUUAAUUCGUUAACUUGCUUUUUUUCUGUCGACCAGUAUGAAUGUAACAAUCGUGGGUACGUCUUACACCCAAAUAGUUCUAUAAUUAUGUUUGUUCAAUCUGAUUAUAAUUACAAAUUAAAAUCAACAUGCGAGAACUUUCACUGCGCAGCUAGUUUAAAUGGUUUUAAUUCGAUUAUUUAUUAUGGCUUUUACGAAAUGAAAAAUAAAGGUCCACAUCAAGUUGACACUAUGAAUGAGAUAUUUGAUUAUUUGCAUUUGUUUAACUCAACACAAGUUCUAAACCUGCUUUGGAAGGACAGGGGGAAAAAUGCUUUAUAUGAAUAUAAGGCACCUGACAGCAACAGCUCUCUAAACAAUAUAACGAGAGGUUGUGUUGGCACUUUUAUUCAAAACGAGGUUGCAUACGUCUUAAAGGCCAUUGCCAAAGAUGAUUACGAUCAUUUGCCGUCCAUGACCGCUGUGGCUGUCGAAACAAAACCGAUAGAAAAAGGUUGUUGUUCGUGUUAUGGGUUGCGCUUUAAGAUGCUUGAGACACAAUUUGCAAGCCGUUCAAUAGUUUGGUAUAAAUCGAAGUCUUCUUUAAAAGAAAAAACCUUUGUGCCAUCAACGGAACCUCCAACCGCGCCACCAACCGAACCUCCAACUGAGCCACCAACCGAACCUCCAACCGAGCCACCAACUGAGCCUCCAACCGAGCCACCAACCGAGCCCCCAACUGAGCCACCAACUGAACCACCAACUGAACCACCAACCGAGCCACCAACCGAGCCACCAACCGAACCACCAACCGAGCCACCAACCGAGCCACCAACCGAGCCACCAACUGAGCCACCAACAGAACCUCCAACUGAGCCACCAACCGAGCCACCAACUGAACCUCCAACGGAACCACCAACUGAACCUCCAACUGAACCUCCAACGGAACCUCCAACCGAGCCACCAACCGAGCCACCAACCGAGCCACCAACUGAGCCUCCAACCGAGCCACCAACCGAGCCACCAACCGAGCCACCAACUGAGCCACCAACUGAACCACCAACCGAGCCACCAACCGAGCCACCAACCGAACCACCAACCGAGCCACCAACCGAGCCACCAACCGAGCCACCAACCGAGCCACCAACUGAGCCACCAACAGAACCUCCAACAGAACCACCAACUGAACCUCCAACUGAACCUCCAACGGAACUUCCAACCGAGCCACCAACCGAACCUCCAACUGAACCUCCAACUGAACCUCCAACUGAACCUCCAACUGAGCCACCAACUGAACCUCCAACUGAGCCACCAACCGAACCACCAACCGAACCACCAACCGAGCCACCAACCGAGCCACCAACCGAGCCACCAACCGAACCACCAACCGAACCACCAACCGAGCCACCAACUGAACCUCCAACUGAAUCUCCAACUGAACCUCCAACUGAACCUCCAACGGAACCUCCAACUGAACCUCCAACUGAACCUCCAACUGAACCUCCAACUGAACCUCCAACUGAGCCACCAACUGAGCCACCAACUGAGCCACCAACCGAACUUCCAACCGAGCCACCAACCGAACCGCCAACCGAGCCACCAACUGAGCCACCAACUAAAGCACCAACCACUAAGAGUUCCGAACUGGUUGCCACACCUCUAGGUUGCUAUAAGGAUCAACUCUCUGAUCGUGCUCUUCCACAGCAGUAUGCUGACUUUCGACCUGAAAUUGUUUGGACAAAUAUGAAAGCUACAAUUAAGAAGUGCACUGAUUUGGCUGUGGAACGAGGAUAUAAAGUGUUCUCUGUUCAGUUUUAUGGGGAAUGCUGGACAGGAGCUGAUGCGGAUAUAACCUACGACAAACAUGGUCCUGCAGAAACCUGUUGGAAUGGAGUGGGAAAAGAUCUAACAAAUUUUGUAUACAAACUAGAGUAAAAAAAAGAGGAGCUGAUGUUGGAGCUGGAUGAUAUAUUUUUAUUUUUAUUUUUUUUUUCGUUUCUUGGAAAGUUUGUGCCUUUUUUUUCUCAGUUUGACUUAUAAUUUAUUACAUAAUUUUGAAAUAAAAAUUAUCAUUAAAAAAUGAAAGAUUUGCGGUGAUCGAAAAUAUGGAACAAGUUUAUAAUCAUUUGCAUAUCAAAGAGAAUAGUUCGAAAAAUCUAAGCGCUACUUAUAUGAUCGAUGAAUUUUGCUAUUUUGAAAAACUUUAGGUUUUAAAAAUACAACAAGUGAGCACGUCUCCAAGCCUUCUGUGAUUCCACUGUUCUUAUUAAAAUGGCGUAUAUUAGACUAGCAUAUAUACUUGCUAAAAUAGAUUUCUAUAUUUACUGGAAUUUAUUCACAAGGCAAAUAUGAAUCGUUUUUGUCUGAUGUAUUGAUAGAUAUGAUGUCUUUAUCCAUUUUUGUUCGAAGCAAAGAUAAUUGUCCUGUAAUAUACAUACAUGUAAACACGAAAA